CCCAAAUGUCUCAGCAACAGGCUACGGAAUGAAGAAAUUUGUGUUUAGUAUUUCCCCAAAUGCAUUUAGGCCAUUGACUUAUAUUGAUAAAACUGUUUUGUAGUCACGUGUCAAAACAUUAUGUGGUUAUAGGUAUAUGGUCAGAUAGCUAUUUAUUACCAGAUCUUUCGAUAUGUUUCGCGAAGUUUCUAGAGUUCUCGAGUUUUCUAUAAGUUGAUAUAAGGAAGUGUGUAGUGGUAAGUUCCGGAGAAAAGUAGGUUUUGUGAGUUUUUGAAUGAAAAAAAGGCAAGAAGUGGCUAUUAAUAAUCUAUCUUUGGCAUUUUUUUGUUAAAGAGAUUCGCUUUUCUGUCAGUUAGAACCUAAGUACUUUUUGGGCAAAAGGCCCCCGGCCUGCCCUGAUGAGCAGAAGAAGUCAAGUCAAGAAGUGGCUAUUCAUGACAAUUGAUGUCGAGAAGUGAGAUUUUAAGUACAUCCACGAACCUGAAGCGACAAGCGGUGAGGAGUUCCUCAGAAGUCUGUCAAGCAGUGAGUUCAGUAAAUGCUGGUUACCUUCAGAACCGCAGAGUACUACCAGAGGCGACACUGUCAAAAAUCAGGUUCUAUCACUUGAGUUCUAUGGAUUUGGUGGGAUUCCUGUUGCUGAGACAUUUGGGAUUUAUGCGUGGAAUGUUUUGACACGUGGCCACAAAACAGUUUUAUCAAUACGAAUCAAUUAUCUGGCCUAAAUACAUUUGCGGAAAUAAUAAACACAAAUUUCUUCAUUCUGUAGAUUGAAUAUGACAUUCGUGACGUCAGGCUAAUAACGCAUAACAACACCUAGGAAAAAAUCCUCCGGACGUUAUUGAACAUAAGCGGGAAAUGUGGUUAGCAGUUGGUAACACGAAGAUCAAUGGGACCGACAGCAGGUGUCGCAUCUGCUGUGUUUCAGUUUCAACCACAAAACAUUAACUCAAUUUUCAUCAACCUUGGCACAAGUGACUUUUGCGCCGUUCUGUGAUUCAUAUCAGCCCAAAGUGUGUUUGUGAGUUUGUGUAUGUUUUGUGUAUCACCUGAGUUGUUGGGUUGUGGUUUCGUGUUUGUUCCGUUUUCCAUUGAGGUUGCUGAUUCGAGUUUUUUGUGUUGGUCGAUUUCGGGUUAAUUAAAUCAUGGUAAACUGGCCUGCAAUUGGUUUCACCAUCCUCCCAAAUGUUGGUGGUCUUGCUGGAGGUCUAAUCACAAGGCCAGCUAUAGAAAAAUGGUAUGUCCAAUUGAAGAAACCAGAUUGGAGGCCACCCAACUGGGCAUUUGGCCCCAUUUGGACAUCACUUUAUUGUGGAAUGGGAUAUGCCUCAUACUUAGUGUGGAAAGAAGGGGAUUGGCAUCAAGAACCUGUAAGGACAGCACUGGCGAUGUAUGGCGUUAAUUUAGUUGCUAAUUGGACAUGGACACCAAUUUUUUUUGGAGCUAAGAACAUUCAACUGGCCCUUUAUGAAAUCCAAAUAAUCAACGUGACGGCGGCUGCCACUGCUUACCUUUUCUACAAAAUCAACCCUUACGCGGGUCUGCUGCUCUUGCCUUAUUGUGCCUGGUUAGGACUGGCGACAGCUCUCAAUUACGUCAUUUGGAGGGAUAACAAAGAUAAGAAAAUUGAGGAAAUCAAAGACAGAUAGAAUCAUCACUCAUGUGCCGAGUGUUAUAUCACCAUUCCAGCAUAUGUUGCAUGUGUCGUGAAAAAUACCAAAGUGUACCUAUACAAUAGAUAUGAAAAUUUUUGUCGGAAAUAAAAAUGGGAGAAACAUGCAGCGCU